GACAGACACACACACCGGAGGACUGUCACACACACUAGCCUCUGCGGGGAUAUUCCUUCUUCUUGCACUCCGUGGUUUUAACCAGCAGUGACUACUUAUGGUGUUUUUUCCUCUUCUUCAUCACUGGAUAAAGGAAUAAUUAGCGGGUGGUAUUGAAGAGCCCGAUAGAGGAUGACAUUUGGGCAAUUUGUUCCUCUUUAGAGACAGCUUGGGUCCGAUACGGAGGACGCGUACUGCGUACAUGCCCUUCCGGAUUACCGCACUCUUCUUCUGAUGAAUUUAUCAUCAUGAAACGUGCAGGUAAAUGAUUUCCAACCCUGCGUCCACUCGUCACGUUCCGUCGUCCCUCCUUGAGCCCCGAUCCAGAUGAGAGAUCCCCCCGGUGGACCUGAACCGCUUUUACGCAGACAGUCCCCGGAGCGCAGCGCCGCCGCCGACGCCAGCGUCGAUCGACACCGAUCAGGAGCGGAGAGUGCGUCCGUUUCCAUCCCCACUUUUUGUCCUCCAACGGAUCCCUCGCGUCAGGCUAAAAGGCUUCCUAUCCGGAUCGUGAAGAUGUUGACGGCGCACAGCGGCCACUUGCUGCACCCGGAGUAUCUCCAGCCCCUCACGUCCGCGCCAGUCAGCAUUGAACUGGAUGCUAAGAAGAGUCCUUUGGCUCUGCUGGCCCAGACCUGCUCUCAAAUUGGCAAACCAGACCCCCCCUCCUCUUCCAAGCUGGCCUCGCUCUCGUCAGGCAGUCUUGGAGACAAGGAAUCGUCCAGCCGAUCCUCAAAGUCUGGAGAGCAGCACCAGUCCCUGGAGGACAAGUCCAGCUUCAAGCCUUAUUCCAAGUCAUCGGGCGACUGUCGUAAGGACGUUCUGGUGACAAAGGGGCCUUCAGAUAAAGCAGCGUUCAGGGUGCCAAAUGGAAGCUCCACCAGUGGCACUGCUUCAUGUCCAUCCUUCCCUCCCCAUUCCCAGUCACCCACUUCCAGCCCUCCUCCCUUGCACGCUCAGAGCCAGACCCACAGACAAAGCCAUUCCCCCUCCACGCGGCCCCCGUCACACUCCCAGGCCCCGCACAUGGACAGCAAACCUGCGAGCUCAGAGCAGUCCAGCUCGGACAGUAAUAACAACAGCGCUGGCAAAAAAGACUCUGAUGCAGCUAAGUCGGGGAUGGAUGGAGCUCAGUUAGCCAAUUCCAGCCACAUACGGGCCAGUGCCAACUCCAGCAAUGCGAGCUCCGCCAGCAGCCCGCGGCCGGAGAGCAAGGCUGACCCGCAGGCCUCCUCGCAGCCUGGCUUGGGCUCUGGGCACAUCGCCCCCGUCUCCCCUUUCAAACCAGGACAUUCUGUCUUCCCCUUGCCUCCUGCUACCAUGGGCUACCACGGCUCCAUUGUGGGGGCCUAUGCUGGCUACCCAUCCCAAUUUGUUCCUGGUUUGGAUCCUACCAAGUCUAGUUUGGGGUUAGGACUUCCAGGGAAGCACCCCAGCUCCAGCCCACUCACUGGAGCUUCACCUCCAUCUCUGAUGCAGGGCUUGUGUAGGGACCCGUACUGUCUGACUUACCCCAAUGCACCCCACCUGGGAGGGAGUAACUGCUCCACCUGCGUCCACGAUCCCUCCAGCCUCAAGUCUGGUUUCCCCCUGGUUUACCCGUCCCACCACCUCCAUUCCCUGCACCCCAGCUCCUUGUCUUCUAGCACCACCCCUUCCCUAUCCCACCCGCUCUAUACCUAUGGCUUCAUGCUCCCCAAUGAACCGCUGCCUCACGCCUGCAACUGGGUGUCAGUUGGAGGUCCGUGUGACAAGCGAUUUGCCACGUCAGAGGAGCUUCUAGCUCACCUGCGCACCCACACAGCCCUGCCCGGCAUGGUGGACAGUAAGUUGUUGUCGGCCUAUCCUUCAUCAGUUUCAUCGACGGCCUCUUGCCACCUCCACCUGCCCCCGCCCAGCAGCCCAGGUACGUUACCCAGCUCCUUCUCCCUCAGAGGCUCUCCUGGCUUGGGCCUGGCUCGCUACCACCCCUACAGCAAAUCCCACCUGCCAGGAGCACCAGGACUUCCUAUGACAUCCCUCCCCUCCUCCUCAGCCUAUUACUCCCCCUAUGCCCUCUACAGUCAGAGACUGGGCUCGGCCUCUGCCCUCGGAUACCAAUGAUAACAGUGUCAACGCCCAAAAACUGCAGGCACCAGCUUGGACUCUCCACAGCGGCCCUGAAGAUGGAUUCUUGUGAUUGGGGUCAUCACCAGUACAGGGCAUUGUGCCUGGCGGCCUGCCUGCCAGGAAUACCACCUGUUAGCCUCAGGAUUGUGACUGGCGCUCCAAAGGCAACUGUGAUGGAUUGUCUGCAGAACCAACAAACUCUAGCGAUGAAAGACGGCAGGACACAGAGCUUGAGAGUGAUGGAAUUGUGGGAUUCUUCCAACAGUCUUGAUUUUUGUUUUUCUUUAUUAUCUGUCUCCCAGAACUGAAAGUCUGUAUUUAUUUUUCACUCAAGCGCUUGGUAUUUGACUCUAGGGGGGGAACAUUUUGCUGUCCAAAUAAAUUGUUCUGAAAUAUUCUAACUGAAAAAGAAUGAUUUAAUUAUAGUACCAUUAUGCCUAUCAUACACUCUAAAAAUAAAAACCUUGCACCAUGAUGAAGAUGGACUGUGAAGCUUUAUUCUGGGGACUUCUUUUUAUCUCCUGUCUGCUGUUUUUUUCCCCUCCAUCUAUUCUGAAGAAAUUGCAUGUCCAUGAGAAUUAUCUUGAACAAUGCCAUUAUUUUUAUUUGUAAAUAUGCAAAGAUGUAAUAUUUUUUCAAGCUUACUUGGGGGUCACCGGCGCAAAUGGUACAAAGAUAAGAUAAAUAAAAACAAUUGAUGAUGGCUGUGCUAUCCAACCAACAGGAAAAGGUCUUAUUUUGUUAAAUAAAUGAUACAUGAUUGCAUUUUAC